ACCCCUACUUCUCCUCCAUCUCCAAGGUUUUACUCUCAAUCUCUCUGUAGGAAUUAUCAAAUACUGUAAGUUAAUCUGAACUCACAAUUCUUAAACCCUUUGAGUUACAAGCAUUUCAUCAAAAAAAAUUAUGAAUUUUUGUUAAUUAAUGGAGUUAAUGUUGAUGAACUCAGUCACAAUGUGUAGUAUCUCUAAUAAUUUUGUUGAAAGGAUUGAUUUUUAUGGUCAGAAUACUUAUUCCAACCAUGGGUUCUUUUCAAUUCCUAAGAAAAAACCCAUGUUUGAGAUUUGUUUAACCGAAAAGAUGAAUGUUUUUUCUGUGAGAAGAAGAAAACAACCUAAUUUCAGAACCCUAAAUGCUUUGCCAAAAGGGGGUGAGAAGAUACUUCAGAAAGAAUUCAAAUUUCAACCUACAUUUGAUGAGUAUUUGAAAGCUAUGGAGUCUGUUAAGACUUGUAGAGAGAAUAGUCCUUUUAAAGAUUCUAAUAAGAGUAUGAAAGUUUCAAAAUUGGGGAAGCUUUCUUCAAAAUCGGAUUCCGAAGAUGAUGAUAAUUUAGAUGAGGAGGUGAAAAAUGCUGAAUUGGUUGAGGGAAGUUUCAAGACUGGUGAAGAAAAUUUGAGUAGAGGGUUUACAGAAGGAGGUAAUAGAAGUUAUAAGAGGGAAAGCAAGGAUGGGAGCUUGGAGAAGGAUGGUGCUGGAAGUGUGUGGAGAUCGGUUCAGCGUAAAUUGAAGUAUGGAGAGAAAUUGAAGGUUGGAAGGGGGUUGGGAGAGAAUGGGGGUACCCGGAGUUUGGAGAGAAUUAGUGGGAGAUGGAUUAAAGAUCAGGGAAGUAUGGUAGAUUCUGGUUUUAGUAAGGAUGCUGUUUAUACCAGAAAAGGUGGUGAUUACGCAAAAAAUGGUGUUGUGAAAAGCUUUAGACGGAAUGAGGAUGAUUGGGAUGAAGAUUGUGGGCAGAGUGAUGGCAAAGUUGAUUUUCGGAAGAAACGAAUGGUUCAAGAUGAGGUUCGGGUAAAUGAUAGGGAUAGUGAUACUGUUGGGACAACUGAUUAUUCUCCUUUUAGAAAGAGUAUGGCAGAGAAUGAUAGAGGUUAUAGGCGGAAUGUAGAUUUGGGCCCGAGUGAUGUUAAGAAAAGCUUCAGAGAGGAUGAGGAUGAUUGGGAAGAAGAAUUUGGUCAGAGUAUGGGCAAAGUGGAUUUUCGGAUGAAACGAAUGGUUCGAGAUGAGUUUCAGGUGAAUGGUCAGUCUAGUGAUGUGGUUGGGGCAACUGAUUAUUCUCCAUUCAGAAAUAGCAGGACAGAAAAAGAUAAAGUUUAUAGGCGGAAUGUAGAUAUGGAUCCAAGUGAGCGUACAACUAAUCGAACUUGGACUCGUAGUAAGGAAUUAUAUGGAAGCAAUGCUGAAAGGGGAGUGAGUGAGAUUAUGCAUGAUAGGGGAGUGCGAAAAAAUGAGUACUUUCCUGUGAGUAAUUAUGACAGAAAGAUGGAUGAGACAAAGAUGUCUAGAAGUGUUUAUAGGAGAGAGCCCGAUGAAAGUCAAAGUCCUGCAUUGUUAGAGCAACAUGGUCCUAGAAGCAGAAGUAGCUCAUCAGGGAAUUGGAAGUCCAUAAGGGAAAAGCUCAUAAAGUAUGAGGAUGAUGAGAGUGAUGUGGAGAUGGAAAGAUCUGCCUUCAAGUCGUUCGAGGAAUUCACUGAUGUUAAAGGAAUGCCCCGAGUCUCACGGCAGGAAAUGGAGGAGAGAAUCCAAAAUUUAGCAAAGUGGCUGAAUGGUGCAGACAUCAAUUUGCCUGAGUGGAUGUUUUCCAAGAUGAUGCGGAGUGCAAAAAUCAGGUUCACAGAUCAUUCUCUUUUGAAGGUUAUUCAGGUGUUGGGUAGAUUUGGAAACUGGCGGCGGGUGCUACAAGUCAUCGAGUGGUUUCAAUCGCGUGAGCGUUUCAAGUCCCACAAACCUAAGUAUAUUUACACUGCUGCACUUGAUGUACUUGGCAAGUCAAAGAGACCUGUCGAGGCACUUAAUAUAUUCCAUGAAAUGCGGCAACAACGAUCUACAUAUCCCGACCUUGCAGCUUAUCAUUGUAUCGCUGUCACACUUGGACAAGCAGGACAAAUGAAAGAACUGUUAGAUGUCAUCGAUUGUAUGCGAUCUCCUCCUCAAAAGAAGUGCAAACUUGGGGAGUUUGAUGAGUGGGAUCCACGGUUGGAACCAGAUCUUGUUGUCUAUGAUGCUGUGUUAAAUGCUUGUGUGCGAAAUAAACAAUGGGAAGGAGCAUUUUGGGUAUUGCAACAGUUAAAAGAACAAAGCCUCCAGCCUUCUAGCACGACAUAUGGCCUUGUGAUGGAGGUUAUGCUUGCUUGUGAAAAGUACAACUUGGUCCACGAGUUUUUCAGAAAAGUGGAUAAAACAUCUAUGCUGAAAUCGUCCAAUUACAAAAUUCUUGUAAAUACUCUUUGGAAAGAAGGUAAAACGGAUGAGGCUGUGGCUGCAGUUAAAGAUAUGGAAAGCCGAGGAAUCGUGGGUACUGCUAGUCUUUACUAUGAUCUUGCGCGUUGUCUCUGUAGUGCAGGAAGAUGUGAAGAAGCACUCAUGCAGAUCGAGAAGUUAUGUAAGGUUGCAAACAAACCUCUGUUUGUGACUUAUACUGGGCUGAUUCAGGCUUGUCUGGACUCUGGAAGUGUUCAAAAUGGUUCAUACAUCUUUGACCAAAUGCACAAAUUUUGUUCCCCGAAUGUUGUGACGUAUAACAUUAUGCUGAAAGGUUACCUGGAUCAUGGGUUGUUCGAAAAAGCAAAAGAUUUGUUUCAGCAGAUGUUGGAUGAUAGCAAGCAAAUUACCAGCAUAGCUGAUUAUAAAAGCAGGGUUGUUCCUGACAACUACACGUUUAACACAAUGUUAGAUGCCUGUGUUGCAGAGAAGAAAUGGGAUGAUUUUACUUUUGUAUAUCAGCAGAUGUUGCAUCAUGGGUGCCACUUCAACACAAAGCGUCAUAUAAAAAAGCUCUUGGAGGCUUGUCGAGCUGGAAAGGGCGAAUUAUUGGAGACUACUUGGAAACACCUUAUUCAAGCAAAUAGAAUUCCACCUACUCCCAUCAUCAAGGAGAGAUUUUGUAUGAAGUUGGAGAAAAAUGACAUUUCCGGUGCCAUUUCCUGCAUAACCAGUACAAGUCACCAGACAACGGAUGAACUUUAUGCUUUCUCUGAGAAGGUUUGGUUGUAUUUAUUCCAAAACAAUUCAAAUAGAUUUCAAAAGGAAACUAUUAUUGGUUUGAUUCAUGAACUGAACAACAUUAUUGCUGGAAGUGAUCGGUCAAACCCAAUACUUGAAAACCUGAUACAUUCAUGUAAAGAAUUUGUUAUGGACCGUACGCCAGAGGCUGAUCCGGUACCAAAUGAAGCAAAUUGAUGCUCUUGUAGGAACCAAGAAAUUUACUCAUUAUGCAUUAAGUAA